ACUAGACGGAGGCACAAAAUGGAGACGGUGGAGCAGCUAGUUUCCUUUCUCCACAUUCAGGUCCAGUUGAACGGGGGCGCGCCUUGGGGGUUCACGCUGAAAGGCGGACUCGAGCACGGCGAGCCACUCAUCAUCACUAAAAUUGAGGAUGGAGGGAAGGCGGCCCAGAGCAAGAAGCUAAAAGUAGGCGACGAGCUCAUUAACAUUAACGGAUCCGCCCUCUACGGCAGCCGACAGGAAGCUCUCAUCCUCAUCAAGGGGUCGUACCGGAUACUGAAGCUCGCCGUGCGGAGUGACUUGUCCAUGCAGUGGGCUCAGCUGUCCAGACCGUACUCGUCCACCGACCGCAGCAGUUCCUUGGGCUCCAUGGAGAGCUUGGACACGCCAACGCCCACAACGCAGCCGUUCUCCGACUCCCACAAUUCACCCGUCGACCCGGUCCUCUUCAACAACAAGAGAGAUUCCGCCUACAGCUCCUUCUCCGCCAGCUCCAACACAUCCGACUACGCCACGGUGCCGCUGAGGCCCGGUGAGGCCUGCUCCAUGGAUAACCUCCUCCAAAGUCUCGGACCACAUUGUCGAGGCUACGCAGGCGGCGAUGCCUCGACUCUGGGGAGCUCAACUGGUGAAACCCCCGAUGAGGCGCACAUGAUCAUUGUUAAAUCCAGAUCGCUGACUAGACCGAAAACAAGGCCUAUCGAGGUGAAAGACAGGCCUUCCUCCUGUUGCUAUGACGAAGACAGGAGGGGAGAAGACUUUGAUAUCAUAAGAAAUGGAGAAAGGGGGACUGAAAGGAAAAUGAACCCUCCGCAACCUCCAACUAGAAAGGACAGUUUUAAGGCAACCAGGAGUCGCCCGAAUGUUGCCAACAAACGUUGUGCCUCUGCUCCGAUUGAAAUUUCCAGCAACGUCUACUACGAUGAAAACAAGUCCUCCUUAAAUGUAGACUCAGGGGUUCAUAAUGGCUUCCCUGGACCAGAGGAAAGUGACAAAACUGUGAAUUUCAAAGCUCAGACCAUCGAAUCCUACUACAUGCAAACCCAGACUCAAGAAAUCGGACCUAUCGUAUGUGAUACUAGUAGCAAAAGAGACUACAACUCAGAUCACCUUCCUGACACAGUUGGGGCAAACACCUCCUCUGGUUCUGGUUCUGGUUCUGGUGGUUCUUUACCUGCCGAAUCCUCAAUGGAAGAUCAAGUACACUCUCAUAUCGACACCAAGCACUCCUCCUCAACGGGGCUCCACCGGCACAACGCCCCCGACAAGCUCCUCGCCACACAACUGGAGUUACUGCAGUUUAACAGCGACGGCUCGGCAUUGGAGACUUACAAUCCGUCAGAGACUUCUUUGUCCCCUUGUAGCACCCAAUGGUCCCAUUCACAGCCCACAACGGAGAACCAGGAGGGUGCCCACAAUCACAUGGCUCCAUCGAACAAGUGGGGGGGCAGCCGAUGCUCAACCCCUGGAUCUGAAUUCUUGGAUGGCGAUGAAGGAGAUUCAAGUGAGAGGGUUGAUGGGAUGGGUGUGAAUGGGAAGUCCAUCUCCCCGAUUCAGCACCAUCACCCUUGGGGUCGCUCUGUGAGUGUACCGGGAGACCCGACUGGAUUGUCAGCCAGACCGGACCAGAUAUCGGAGAGAGACUUUGAGCCUCUUAGUGCUGCUGCGAGUAUGGACACUUUACUGGAGGAGCAGAGAGAUAGAGAUAGAGAGAUGAGCGAAGGGAAAAAAGAGGAGAACGUAGAAGGAGACGCAGUUAUGAAGAAGUCGCACUCGGCGAGGAACCAUCGACGGAACCGGCGGCGAAGCGAGCGGUUCGCUACCAACCUCCGCAAUGAGAUCCAGAGGAAGAAGGCUCAGCUUCAGAGGAGCCGAGGGCCAGGAGGGCUUAGUGGUGAGACUGUCCAAGAGGAGGAGGGUCCAGACCUCCAUGAGGACAGGGAAGAACCAGACCUGCCAUCCCCAGAAAGUAACACCAAAGUUGCGUUUGCCGCACCCGUUACUCCCCCGGAUACUCGGCCCACCGCACCGGUCGAACAAGUUAACAAGUCAAAUGAACAAACUGCCGAUGUCUCACAGUCACCGAGUCAACCCCAGUCCCCAAGCUACACUCAGAACAACAUAUCCAGGUCUGUUCAGAUUCUGGACCCAGGAGUUCCCAAUUUCGGUGUCGGCAUCCGAGUCGUGGAGGAGCCAGCUCCGGCCGGCAAAGCUCGUCGUUGGCGUUGGACCCCUGAGCAUAAACUCCAACCAGAGCCGAUACCAGACCGACGGGCUGGAGUCUUGGGUGAGAAGGUGUUCGGAGUCACAGGGUCGAGGCACGGAGUUUGUGCCUUCACCUCCUCAUCCUCCUCCUCCUCUUCCUCUUACGGUCGCUCCUCGUCCUCUUCUCGGUUGGAGGAGACGGAAAUCCUCCCGUUUGCGGACAGAAUGAAGUUUUUCGAGGAGACGAGCAAAGGUGUGUCCGGGCCAAACGUCUCAAAUCUGUCAAGUCGCAGGCAGAAGAAGCCCCCCUUGAGUUCGGAUCGCCAGGAAGGGGAGCUCAGUCAGCGUCCGUCCCAAAGGAGAUACUCCUACCAGGGCGGACUUCUGCAGGACAGCUCCCUGCUUCCAAACACUAUGGAAGCCAGGCGGCAAUCUGUGAGCACCAGCAGGGAGAGGCAGCGAGAGAGGGAGAGGGAACAAGCGAGAGAACGGGAGGAGAGGGCGAAGGAACGAGAGAGGGAGGAAAGGUUGAGGGAGAGGGAGAGGCAGCAGGAGAAGGAGCGACAGGAGAGGGAAAUGGAGCAGGAGAGGGCGAGGUUGAGGGAGAUCCAGCGGGAGAGGGAGCGAGAGGAGAGGGAGAUCCAGCGGGAGAGGGAGCGAGAGGAGAGGGCGAGACAGUGGGAGAGGGAACGAGAGAGAGAGAGGGAGCUCGAGCUGGAGCGAGAAAAAGAGAUGGAGAGGGCGAAGGAGAUGGAACGUCUCAAAAAGGAAAGAGAGAGAGAGCUGGAGAGAGAACGAGAAAGAGAAAGAGAAAGAGAGAGAGAGAAGGAGAGGGAAGAAGAAUACCAUCAAGCUCACCAUCUACACCAGGACGGCUUCCACAACUUCCAUCUCAAGCCGCAGGUGUUCCCCUCCCACGGCCAAAAUCAAAUCCCUAGAUCUGCUUUCUACCCGGUCAACCCCCCCGGCCCCCCUUCGACUCAACCUCUGGAGAAACCGCAACCUUUGCACCAGGGAUACUCGGCGAGGAGCUACACACCCACAGAAACGUAUCCCGCCCGGCAACAGGAAACGCCCAAGCUCAACAGGAAGUACAGCCUGACUGAGAGGGAUUACCCGAGUUGGAGGCGUGAGUCCAGACCUCCGGACCAGCAGCAGGAUCGCUGGGUCCCCCGACAGUUCGACAGCAGCAGCAGUGACGACCGAAACGGUACUCCUCCUUCGCCCCUCCCCCUCCGCCCCGCCCCUCUCUCUCUACGGGGGCGAGCCAUGUCCGAAAACGACCUCCGCUUCGACAGCAGCUACCGGUGGUCGCCGUCGCUCUCAUCGGCGGCGAGCCAGACGCUGUGCGAGGUGGAGGAAGGAGGAGGAGGAGGAGGAGGAGGAAGAGGAGGUAUUCGGGGGAGAGAGGCGCCAAGCAUCGAUAGGUUAAACAGGAAGAAGACCCCACCUCCUCCGAGACCUCCGCCUCCAAAAUGGGAGCAGUUCCACCGCCGGCGUGCGUCCCAUCACACCCUUCUCCCUCCUUCCUUCUCCUCCUCUUCCUCUUCUUCUUCGUCUUCACAUCAUCACUCCUCACCCCCCUCCUCCCCCUCCUCCUCCUCCUCGUUCCUCCCUCCGGCCGAGGAGUCGAGGCAGCGCUCCUACAGUCUCCCCCCUCAGAGACAGGAAAGUACGGAGAGUUGCCCCCAUUGCACCUGUAAUCAAAACCAAGAGCAACGCACCAAUCAUCACCAGCAGCAGCAGCAGCAGCAAGCCCCGCCUCCUCCUCCUCCUACGACCAAUCAGAGUCAGCCUCAGUUUUCCGUGGCCCCGCCCAGCCCCAUGUUCUCCAGACGGGGGUUCAGGCCGGUGGCUCCGCCUCAGAGAGAGAGGGAGGGGAACGUGAGGAGCACGGAGAGGAUGGAGGCGUUAUCUGCUCUUCCUCCUCCUCCGCCUCCAGCUCCCAACAGUUUCUUUAACGUGGACUCAGACCAGGACCGGAUCACAUCCAGACCUCACAAACCGCCGCCGGCAGUGAGACCCGGAGCCGAGUGGGAGCGAGCCAACGACGCAGCGCUUCCUCUUCCUGUUUUAGGGAACGGGAACGUCGCUUUACCUCCUCCGUCCUUCUUCGAACCUCAGAGGAUCCCCGAACCGGCCGCCGAAUCGGAGCCGACCCUCAGCCCGAGCCCGGCGCACAGCCUGGAGGCCGACCUGGACGUCCCCAUGGAAACGGACAUCGACGACUUCCAGGAAGAGGAGGCGGGGCUUCUGGGUCGAGACGAGCCGAUCACCAGCGAGCUCCCCUGCUUCGCUCUGCCCGUCACGGUGCUGGAGACGGACAUCGACACGGAGGCGUCGGCGAGGGCGGAGAGCGAGGAAGAGGAGGAGGAGGAGCUGGAGGAGGAAGGCAGCGGCAGGAGUCUGGAGGAGCUCUUCCCACAGAGCGGAGAGGGAGAGACGGGAACGGAGAGCUGGAGAGGAGGAUACCAAAGCACGGAGAACAACACCGACAGCUUGGACAGGAGGUCCGGUGCUAGCUCCAGCUGCUCCUCUUAUUACAGCACCUCAGCAGCGAAGGCUCAGCUUCUGUCUCAGAUGAAAGAUUUCACCGACAACAGAGAGCGAGACGACGAUGACGAGCUCACCUACAAGUGUCUCCUCCGCAGUGAAACUGAACUAAACGACAUGAUUUCUGCUUCUUCAGACGAAACAUCUGCAGCCUAUGAAAAAUAA